AUGGACGCCCUCGAGUUGGAGGUGGCCAAGCAGAGCACCGGCAUUCAGACGGCCAAGGAUCUGUUCUCUGGUGCCGUGGGAGGAAUUGCGCAGGUCUUGAUCGGCCAGCCCUUUGACAUUGUCAAGGUCCGACUCCAAACCACAACUCAGUACUCGUCCGCCCUCAACGCCGCCACCUCCAUCUACCGCAAUGAGGGCGCCCUCGCCUUCUACAAGGGCACGCUGACCCCGCUCAUCGGUAUCGGCGCCUGCGUGUCGGUCCAGUUCGGAGCCUUCAACGGCGCCAAGCGCUGGUUCCAGGAACGCAACGGCGGCGCUGACCUGUCCUACGGCCAGUACGGCGCUGCGGGUGCUUUUGCCGGUGUUGCGAACUCGGUCCUCUCAGGCCCUAUCGAGCACAUUCGUAUUCGUCUCCAGAGCCAGCCCCACGGAGCUGCUCGCCUGUACGAUGGCCCCGGCGACUGCAUCCGAAAGGUCGGCGCCCACGACGGUAUCCUGCGCGGCAUCUACCGCGGCCAGGCCGUCACCAUCUGGCGAGAGGCCUUUGCCUACGGCGCCUGGUUCACUGCCUUCGAGUACAUGAUGAACAAGGACGCCGCCCGCAACAAGAUCGACCGCAAGGACAUUCCCGCCUACAAGAUCGCCUUUUACGGUGGUCUCGCCGGUGAGGUCCUCUGGCUCGCCAGCUACCCCUUCGACGUGAUCAAGAGCAAGAUGCAGACCGAUGGCUUCGGCCCCAACCAGCGCUACACCACCAUGCGUGACUGCUUCUCACAGACAUGGCGCGCCGAGGGUGCUCGCGGCUUCUGGAAGGGUAUUGGACCUACCCUGCUGAGGGCCAUGCCUGUGAGCGCGGGUACCUUUGCUGUUGUCGAGAUGACCAUGCGGGCUCUCAACUAA